CGCGCCAUCACUUUGCGCAACUUGGUCUCCCAUAGUCAGACCUUGCGACUAGAAGACAGUCAGUUCCUUGAACCAGAAGAACCAUUCAUGCCAGUGCACAUGGAGUCUCCGACUCGGCAGCUAUAUCAUUCUUUGUUGGUCAGGUGUUUUACGUUAGACACCAUUAAUAUCCACUGGGCGCAACACGAGGCAUACACGAUGGUACCUGGCUUCCUUGCAGUGAAGCGCUAACGCGGUGACUUGUACUUAACCUCUACAGUAGCUCAGAGUAGGGUCUUCCUUCCCUAAAUCAAAUCAGCAUGGUUGAUUCUCUUCACGCCUCCGAGUCAACGGUUUCCUACCCUCUCCAUAUCUCUGGUAUCACCGUCAAUUUCAACAAGCCGAAAACCAAUAUAGAGUCUGCUGAAGUACGGAUCGGUAAGUUACAUUCACCAAUUGCACUCGAAGCAGGAAAUCGGAGUUUGCAACGCAGGUUUUCUCCACCCAUGGUGCUUUCUCAAGGAGAUACAUUUUCCUUGCAUAUACAAUCCACGAAAUGGCUUGGGAUGAAGACUAAGCAUCGAGAUAUUACUUUCAACCCAGACGACGUGUUCCGCGCGUAUAGUGCAAGCGAAAGACGAGGUGAAAUAAGAGUUGCCUUAAUCGGUUCCGAAUUUAACCUCACGUGUGUAGAAUACACCAAGAUUCAUGGAAAAAUCAAUAUCGUCAUCGACCUUUCUGGAAGUGCAACAACUGAAGUAAGGAUUUGUGUCUGACAUCGAACCCGUCUAAGUCAUAGAUCAGCAGGCUGAACAGUCUAUUUCGUCCGGCCAAAGCCUUGAGCUUCGGCCUACCACUUCCGAAUUAUUUCGGAAAUGUCCUCGGUUCCGAAUUUUGGUGAUAGGAAAG